GUCCUAUUUGAAAAUAGUCCCAAACAUGAAGAAUAUCAUUUUCUCUCUCAUCUUCCUCUUCUUCGCCGGAAUUUCCGCCGGAGAAGAAACCGACCAUAUUUUCGGCAGACCCAUUGAUCGAAAACUACUAGGACUAAAAAAGGAAAAACUCAGCCACUUCAAAUUCUAUUGGCACGAUGUAAUCAGUGGUCCAAAACCCACAUCAAUAAUGGUGGUGCCGCCGGUUUCAAACACAUCGUUCAAUUUCUUCGGUUCAGUUACAAUGAUCGACAACCCAUUAACGUUAGGACCGAAUUUAACCUCGAAAUUGGUCGGACGGGCACAAGGGUUUUACGCAUCGGCUGCCCAACAAGAUUUAGGGUUUUUGAUGUUGAUGAAUUUGGUAUUUGUUGAGGGGAAAUAUAAUGGAAGUACUUUGACUGUAUUGGGAAGGAAUCCGGCGAUGUCGGCCGUGAGAGAGAUGCCGGUGACCGGAGGAAGUGGGCUUUUCCGAUUUGCUCGAGGUUAUGCUCAGGCGAAGACACAUUGGUUGGAUAUUAAAACUGGAGAUGCUACUGUUGAGUAUAAUGUUUAUGUUUUUCAUUAUUGAUCAUCAUUAUAUAUGAUGAUUAUUAUUAUAUUUAUGUUGCUUUGUUUAAUUUAAAGUAUGUGACACUUUUGUAUGUGGUCCAAUUUAUUAUGAUAAAUUAUAUGUGGCUCUUAUGAGAAAUGUUUGUGUAGUGCACACUAUUUUAAAUUGCAAUUGGUGAUUUUUAUUAUA